CUUCAGCUUUCCACCACCGGGUUGAUACUGCCUUGGUCGGUAAAGUAUAAAAAGCCUUCGAUUGAGGUCGAAUGGACAUCAGUCGACAUCCACCAACAUGAAUCGCACUACACUGUUGAGUAUUUGCGUCCUGUUGGCCGUUGUGGCCGCGUUCGUCGUCGAGGCCGCACCCCAACGUGAGAAACGCCAACUGGGCGGCAUUUUGGGCGGACUCCUUGGAGGCGGAGGCUAUGGUCAGCAGUACGGGGGUUAUGGCAAUCAAGGCUAUGGCAAUCAAGGCUAUGGCAAUUACGGAGGGUAUAACCAAGGGUACAACCAAGGAUACGGCGGCGGUGGUUACGGCGGUGGACACCAUCAUCACCACUCUCACGAAAGAUACUAACAAUCCCCAUCCUAGUCGUACCUGUAAAA